UCCUGUUUGAAAGAAAAAAAAAAUUCCUCAGAACUCUGUGGGUGUGUGUCAGGAAGUUAUGAAAUGGGUUAUAAAUAAGUGUGUAAAUGUGAAAGUGGUGAUCUCUGUAGAAGUCGUCUUAACACGAUACUAGUGUGUCCAUGCCAUGCAGAACCACAGCAACUUAAACUCCACCAGCGAGACUACAGCUUACCUGGUCAGCAGUGGCCUGAUGGGUCUUUGCUUCAUGAUUGGAGUUCCUGGUAAUAUUGGAGUAAUUCUUUUCAUACUUCUUCGUUUCAAAAAGGUCAAUUUCACCGCUCAUCUGAUGCUGAAUCUGGCAGCUGCAGACAUCUUGUGUUUGAUAACCCUGCCUGUGUGGAUCUACAGUGUACUAGACAACAUUGACCGAGUAACCUGCAAGUUCUUCACAGCACUCGUCUACUGCAGCGCAUACUCAAGUGUGAUAACAGUAACUAUGCUGAGUGUGUAUCGUUGUUUACGGAUUCGACAUCCACAGUUGUGGUCCAGAAUGAGCAAGAGAAGAAAAAGAGUGCUGCUGAUCAGCAGUUGGGCUCUGGCACUGCUUUUCUCUUGUCCUGGUGUACUUACACAAGAGAUCGUUAAAGUUGAAUCCAAAAUGGAGUGUGAAAGAAUCCUCAAAUCAGAAGCCAUACUUAUUGUUGCUCUACUGGAGUCACUGCUUGGAUUUUUUGUUCCUUUCACAAUCAUGUUGACUUCAUAUUAUUGCUUAUACAAAACAGCCACACAGGGAGCAUUCAGACACAGACACAGACCGACUAAACUUGUCACACGGAUUGUCAUAGUUUUCUUCAUUUUUUGGGCUCCACACCAAAUAAUAAAAUUAGAGGAAAUUUGUGCAGCAUUUUUACAAUCAGAGACAGUUCUAUCUUUCAUCAGUGACAUUGCUGGAAGUCUUACAUUCAUCAACAGUUGUGUGAAUCCAUUCCUCUAUGCGUUUUCCUCAAAGAGUUUACAUAAACGCAAAAAGCCAGUGGAACCUGGGGUACCUAAAAGCUCACAACAUUUUAAGAGGGAUCAUUCCACAGCAGUGAACAGCUCACUAGAAGCCUCUGUGCCCAACACCUUGGACUAAAGAAUUAUGUCAUAUCAAUAUAUGCAGUAGAAACUGGACAAUGAUAGAAGGACCCUUUAAAAAUGCAUUUGGAUGAAUUUCAGAUAACUAAAUACGUAGCACUUUUGAAAGAUAAUUUGGUGAGUUUAUUACUUUAAUGUAUCUCUGAUGCACUGAGAAAAAUUGUAUUUUAUUAAAAUGAACAAUGAUCAUAAGUAUAAGCGAGAGCGAUACAGAUGAUUAAAUGUAAAAUUUGAAAAUUAAAAAUGGACAAUAUCCAAUCUGCUGAAAUUCUAAGAGAAUAGACUAAAGUCUGAGUACAGAGAUCUUCAAAGCAUGCAAUAAGAGAAAAAGGUAAAUAAGCCAUAAAGAGUAAAAUAUACAGUAUAGAGCAAUAUACAGUAUAGACUAGAGACUUAUAUCCUCUUACAGCUUCAUGGAAUGUUUAUGUCUGACUGAUUAAAUGUCAAAUUAAUUUCAUUAUCUAUGUGUUAUCAAAUUUCCCCCUACCUAAGGUGAAUUUAGUUCAGGACUAGGUCAUCUAUUAGGUAGAAGUAAGAUUAAAAAAAAUGGGAGACAUGGGUUGUAGUUUUACAUCCUUCUGGCAGAAACAACAGAGUUAAGCAAUCUUCUUGCAAAUACCAACUCUUGGAAAAGAACAUCUAGUAUAUAAAAAACAAAUAAAUAAAAUAAACAAAUAAUAAAAUAAAUUAGCAAAUAUCCUUGCAUAUAAAAUAUUUUUUGCAGAGAAUAAGUUUCCAACAUCCUGUCCAAACAUCACAAAAAUGUACCUAUUAUACUGUAUGUCAAAUAAAGGAAAUAUACUACAUCAAUGGAAUUUGAGUACAACUAGAAUUAUGAAUAUAAUGUAAUAAAACUAUAAAAGAAUAAAUCAUAAUGAAUAUACUGAAUGAUUGAAUAUUUAUUUAUUUAUUUAUUUAUCAGGGACAAUGCAGCGCACAUUGUUACAUACAUAAUUAUCAUAGACAAAGCCAUAACAAAAUGUGUAAAUGUGUUGCAUAAAAGGUUUCUAGCCAGUAGGCUAAUUUGCAACCCCAGUCGCUGGUCAGGCCUUUCUAAAAACAUAAAAAAACUACGUAGUGUAAACUACACAAUCAUGCAACAAAUACCUUAUAAACAUUAACAUUUUAUACAAUCCCGACCACAUUACACUAUACAACACAACACAACACAUCAUAUCCAGCACAGACAAUACAUUGCAGCAAAAAAUGAGUCAAUGUCCACAUAUUUGAUUUUCUUUCAGCCAGUGUUUCACCUUUCUAUUAAAUGUUUUCAGGUUGGUUUCUGUUUUUAUUUCCGUUGGUAAAUCAUUCCAAUGAAAGUAAUGUUGAGAUGCAUGCUAUUUUUGUUAUUCAUCAAUCAUUUUGUUACCUUUUAAGCAUUAUAAAUUUAAGAUGCUGCUUUAUUUUAAAAUGCAUUGUUUUGUGAUUUGAUGUAUCAGUCAUUAAGCACUUGUUGAGUGAACUGUUUUUAGGGACUGAAAGGGCUGUAUAGGCAUUUUCUGCUAGCAUUUAGUACUGUAGCAUCUAAUGACAGUACAUUAGCUUGCUUAUCUUUAAGCCAUGUGUGCGAUAAUGUUGAAAAAAGUACCUAUUAAUCACCUAUAAAUUAUAAAGAACACUAUUUUAAAAACAGCUAUGUUGUCAUGAGUACAACAGUAUCAGCUGAGUUCCUGUUUCUGUAUAUUUUUAUACGUUGUUCCUAUUUCCAAUCAGACCACAUGUAUUUCUCAGAAGACAGGGAAUAAGGCUGAUAUGGUUUGAGAUUACUAAUAAAAGCCGUCACAUUCUUUAAAAAA